AAAGUGCAUAUUCUGGGUUCAGGCAGACACCGCCCCAUUUCCACCUCCCGUGCUCCCUUCCCAGUUGGCCUCCAGCCUCAGCCGUAUGCACCCACUAAUCUGCUUUCCCUGUGAAUAGCUUAGUUUUGCUUGCUGGGGAAUUUUGUCUGAAUGGGAUCACAGGCUCUGCUAGAUCCAGCUCCCUGGCUCUUUCACUGGUGUUGGAAAUUAAUAAGUGUUUCUCGGUAGUUUUGUGUAAUUUUUGUCUCCCCCUCUCCCAUUUAGUUGUUUGAAGAAAGGGUCUCCUUUUUUUCAUCCAGGUCACCUGGAACUUCAGAUUCUCCUCCCUCAGUGCCAAGUGCUAGGAUUAUAGGUGGGUACCACUACUUCUAGCUGAAGCAUGGGACUUGUUUAUUGUGUUUAUAUGUGUGUGUUGGGGGAGAGUACGUGCGUGCGUGCCUUAACAUGGACGUGGAGGUCAGAAGACAACUAGAUCAAACUCGAAUUCUCAGGUUUGGCAGCAAGAUCCUUUAAUCUGAUGGGCCAUAGAGAUGGACCAAAUGUGUCAUUAUUAUUUAUUUCUCUUUUUUCUUUCUUCAUAUUUUAUGUUGUUCGAAUAUUCAGUCUGCGUGAAUUCCUGUCCACUACAUGAAUGCAGUGCCUCCAGAGGCCAGAAGAGGGUGCUAGAUUCCGUGAGACUGGAAUUACAGAUGGUUGUGAGCUGUGAGUGCGGGGUAAUGGAAGCCAGGCCCUGUCCAGGGCAGCCGGGGUUCUGACAGUUGAGUCACGUCUCCAGUUUCAGGGCUUUUGCUUUUGGUUACAACAGGUCUCACUCUGACCCCGGCUGUCCUAGAACUGCGUGGACUUGCUUGUUUUGUGCGCUCCACACACUUUCUCUCAACCUUCCAUCUUGUGUCUAUAUUAAGGUGUUUUUAAUAACGGGGUAAAGUGGCGCACACGUUUAAUUCCAGCCUCGGGGAGGCAGGAGCAGAAGUGAGCUGAUAUCUGUGAGUUGGAGAUCAUCCAGGCUACACAGUGAGGCCCUGUCUCCUUCUCUCUUUUUCUUUUUUAAAUUUUGUAUAUCUGGGCCUGUUUGUAUGCCUGCAGGCCAGGAGAGGGCACCAGAUCUCAUUAUAGAUGGGUUGGGAGCCACCAUGUGGUUGCUGGGAAUUGAACUCAGGACCUCUGGAAGGUCAGCCAGAGUGCUCUUAACCACUGUUAUCUCUCCAGCCCGAGGCCCUGUCUUUAAUAAAACGUGCUGCACUGCUGGGCAGUGGUGGUGCAACCUAUAAUCCCAGCACCCGAACUCCGUGAGUUCGAGGGAAGCCCAGCUGGUCUACAGAGCUAGUUCCAGGACAGGCCCCAAAGCUACAGAGAAACCCUGUCUCGAAAAACCAAAAGAAAAAAAAAACCAUGCUGUACUAAAGUGGCAAUUUUUUUUUCCAUUUUGUUUUUUCGAGACAGGAUUUCGCUGUGUAGCUCUGGCCGUCCUGGAACGACCUCUAGUAGACCAGGCUGGCCUUGAAUUCACGCCGAGUGCUGGGAUUAAAAGAGAACGCCACCACCGCCCGGUCUUUUUUACCUUCUUAAGAUGGCGGCUCUCAAAAUCCGUUUAAGCCACUUUAGCCACUUUCAAGAUGGCGGCCCCCCAAGGUCUUCCUCGGGGCAGGUUCCGAGGAAUCUCGCGUUAGGCGAGGCUAACGCGCCAGCUCUCGCGCGAGAGCACGUCAGCCCAACUAGGCGUUGUGUGAGCCGCUGCUGGCGCGGAAGCUUCAGGUGUAAAGUGAUCGUUGCUGAAGAUGUCGGACAGCGAAGACAGCAACUUCUCCGAGGAGGAGGACAGCGAGCGCAGCAGCGAGGCGGAGGAGGCCGAGGCAGAGGAUGAACGACGGAGUGCAGCAGGCAGUGAAAAGGAGGAGGAGCCUGAGGAAGAGGAGGAGGAGGAAGAAGAGGAAUACGAUGAGGAAGAGGAGGAGGAAGAUGAUGACCGGCCCCCGAAGAAACCACGCCAUGGAGGCUUCAUUUUGGAUGAGGCUGAUGUAGAUGAUGAGUAUGAGGAUGAGGACCAGUGGGAAGAUGGAGCGGAAGACAUCCUGGAGAAAGAAGAGAUUGAAGCCUCCAACAUUGAUAAUGUUGUCCUGGAUGAAGACCGCUCUGGGGCUCGUCGUCUGCAGAAUCUCUGGAGGGACCAGAGAGAAGAAGAACUGGGCGAGUAUUAUAUGAAGAAAUAUGCAAAAUCAUCUGUGGGAGAGACGGUCUAUGGAGGGUCUGAUGAGCUCUCAGACGACAUCACCCAGCAGCAGCUGCUCCCAGGAGUCAAGGACCCCAACCUGUGGACUGUCAAGUGUAAGAUUGGGGAGGAACGAGCCACAGCAAUUUCCUUGAUGCGCAAAUUCAUCGCUUACCAGUUCACAGACACACCCCUGCAGAUUAAGUCAGUGGUUGCUCCAGAGCACGUGAAGGGCUACAUCUACGUGGAGGCCUACAAGCAAACACAUGUGAAGCAGGCCAUUGAGGGUGUGGGCAACCUGCGGCUUGGCUACUGGAACCAGCAGAUGGUACCUAUCAAGGAGAUGACUGAUGUGCUCAAGGUGGUGAAGGAGGUGGCCAACCUGAAGCCAAAGUCCUGGGUCCGCCUCAAGCGAGGCAUCUACAAAGACGACAUUGCUCAGGUGGACUACGUUGAGCCCAGCCAGAACACCAUCUCCCUCAAGAUGAUCCCACGCAUCGACUAUGACCGCAUCAAAGCCCGCAUGAGCUUGAAAGACUGGUUUGCCAAAAGGAAGAAGUUCAAGCGGCCUCCACAGAGGCUCUUUGAUGCUGAGAAGAUCAGGUCUUUGGGGGGUGAUGUUGCCUCUGAUGGUGACUUCCUCAUCUUCGAGGGGAACCGCUACAGCCGGAAGGGCUUCCUGUUCAAGAGCUUCGCCAUGUCUGCUGUGAUUACAGAGGGUGUGAAGCCCACCCUAUCAGAACUGGAAAAGUUUGAAGAUCAGCCUGAGGGUAUCGACCUGGAGGUUGUGACUGAAGGCACAGGGAAGGAGCGGGAGCACAAUUUCCAGCCUGGGGACAAUGUGGAGGUGUGCGAGGGUGAGCUCAUCAACUUGCAAGGCAAGGUUCUCAGUGUGGACGGCAACAAGAUUACCAUAAUGCCCAAGCAUGAGGACCUCAAGGACAUGCUUGAGUUCCCAGCUCAGGAACUUCGGAAGUACUUCAAGAUGGGGGACCAUGUAAAAGUGAUUGCUGGCCGAUUUGAGGGUGAUACAGGUCUCAUUGUGAGGGUGGAGGAGAACUUUGUCAUUCUCUUCUCAGACCUCACCAUGCAUGAGUUGAAGGUACUUCCCCGGGACCUGCAGCUCUGCUCAGAGACAGCCUCAGGUGUGGAUGUUGGGGGCCAGCAUGAGUGGGGUGAGCUGGUGCAGCUGGAUCCCCGCACCGUGGGUGUCAUCGUGCGGCUAGAGCGAGAAACCUUCCAGGUUCUGAACAUGCAUGGGAAAGUGGUGACCGUUAGGCACCAGGCCGUGACUCAGAAAAAGGACAACCGCUUCGCUGUGGCCCUGGACUCAGAUCAGAACAAUAUCCAUGUGAAGGACAUUGUCAAGGUCAUUGAUGGCCCCCACUCAGGCCGAGAGGGGGAGAUCCGCCAUCUUUAUCGCAGCUUUGCUUUCCUGCACUGCAAGAAGCUAGUAGAGAAUGGCGGAAUGUUUGUCUGUAAGGCACGGCACCUGGUGUUGGCCGGGGGCUCAAAGCCCCGGGAUGUGACCAAUUUAACUGUUGGUGGCUUCACUCCUAUGAGCCCCCGGAUCAGCAGCCCCAUGCACCCCAGUGGUGAAGGCCAGCAUGGUGGCUUUGGUAGUCCAGGUGGUGGCAUGAGCAGGGGUCGAGGGCGAAGAGAUAACGAGCUCAUAGGCCAGACUGUGCGUAUCUCCCAGGGACCCUAUAAAGGCUACAUUGGUGUGGUGAAGGAUGCCACGGAGUCCACAGCCCGAGUGGAGCUGCACUCAACCUGCCAGACUAUCUCUGUAGACCGCCAGCGGCUCACCACGGUUGACUCCCAACGUCCAGGUGGCAUGACCUCCACCUAUGGACGGACACCCAUGUAUGGCUCUCAGACACCCAUGUACGGCUCUGGUUCCCGAACACCCAUGUAUGGCUCCCAGACACCUUUGCAGGAUGGGAGCCGUACUCCACAUUAUGGCUCGCAGACGCCCCUGCAUGAUGGUAGCCGCACUCCUGCUCAGAGUGGAGCCUGGGACCCCAACAACCCGAACACGCCUUCCAGGGCUGAGGAGGAAUACGAGUAUGCCUUUGACGACGAGCCCACCCCAUCCCCACAGGCAUAUGGGGGAACCCCGAAUCCCCAAACACCCGGCUACCCAGACCCAUCAUCCCCCCAGGUCAAUCCACAGUACAACCCGCAGACACCAGGGACGCCAGCCAUGUACAACACAGACCAGUUCUCCCCCUACGCUGCCCCUUCUCCUCAGGGGUCCUACCAGCCCAGCCCCAGUCCCCAGAGCUACCACCAAGUGGCACCAAGCCCAGCAGGCUAUCAGAACACCCAUUCCCCGGCCAGCUACCACCCCACACCUUCACCAAUGGCCUAUCAGGCCAGUCCCAGCCCCAGCCCGGUUGGCUACAGUCCGAUGACCCCUGGAGCACCUUCUCCUGGAGGCUACAACCCACAUACGCCAGGCUCAGGCAUUGAGCAGAACUCCAGUGACUGGGUGACCACUGAUAUCCAGGUGAAGGUGCGAGACACCUAUCUGGACACACAAGUAGUGGGACAGACGGGUGUCAUCCGCAGUGUCACGGGAGGCAUGUGCUCCGUGUACCUGAAAGAUAGUGAGAAGGUGGUCAGCAUUUCCAGUGAGCACCUGGAGCCCAUCACCCCCACCAAGAACAACAAGGUAAAAGUGAUUCUGGGUGAGGACCGAGAGGCCACCGGGGUCCUACUGAGUAUUGAUGGUGAGGAUGGCAUCAUCCGAAUGGACCUAGAAGACCAGCAGAUUAAGAUCCUGAACCUCCGCUUCCUAGGGAAGCUCCUGGAGGCCUGAAGCCCAAGUGUGCAGUGCAAGCAUGGAGCAAGCAGCCCACCCUCUGGCCUUGCUUGGCCCGGCAUGGAACCCUGAGUCUGGAACAAGCCAGGGUGAUCAUUCUGUAUUUUCUUUUCCUCCUUCCCCGAUAUUCUCUAUACAUCAGAGUAGAGUCUGAGAAAGGUUCCUACCUUCUUUCUGCUGCCCCAGCUUGCUUUUAUAUUCAGGUCUUUCAAUAAAGAGAAGCUAUCUGUUUGAAAA